AGGAAUUUCUGCACAGGCUGCAGGGAGUCCACUGGUGCCCUCCCGCCUUUCUGGGCACAAGCCAGUGCUGCUUCAUCUCCUGCACUCUCUGAACCCUAGAGCUUCUGAACAUAAGAAACUGAAACCCGUUCUGCCUCUCCUCUUUUGAGAACUAGAGUCCUUUCCUGGAAUACAAACUGAAAACAACCCUCACUGCAACUCUCUCCCCUUGGUGGGGGACGGGGGGAUAGGUGUGGCCAGGGAGAAGGACUUGGCUAUAAAAAGAGCAGAGGAGUGAGAGCUGGCUGCAGGAAGGAAACUCAGAGCUAGCAGGCUCUCACUUUCCAGUGCUUCUCGAGAUCUCUUCACUCUUCCUAAGAUGACUCCAACCCCUCCACAAGUUACUCACAUCCUUCAGGAAAAGCUGGAUCUGGAUUGAAGCUUUGGACGGACCCAGAAGGAGCUGCCUCUGUCUGGGAGGGCAGGGAGCCCUUCCCAGGGAAGGUGGUGAAGUCUCAGAAGUGGUCCCUGACUUCUGAUCAUGGAUGCCCCUCUGCUUCCAGGAGCUGUGUUCAGGGAAGAUUAAACAAGAAAAUACAUGCAAACAACCCAGACUCAAAGACAACGGCCCUUAGUAAACUGUGGUAAGAAGCCAGAGGGAGGAGGAAGAACAAGAGGAAAGCUGACCUCAGAGGUAACAGCAAGACCAGAAAGCAUUCAUCGAGAGCUUUCUGUGUGUCCCUGAGGAGUACUCUGCAUACAUAAGGCCAUGCAACCCUCUCAGGAGUUCUGUGAGGUUACUCCACUGCUUAUCGACGGGGCAGUGUCCCCUCUGUCCCCUCAAUCUCCAUUAUCUGCAUCGUUCACCUCUGUGUUGCCGUACCAUAAGGAUUCGGGCAUUUUAUCAGAGGCAGAGGCCAAGAAAGCUCAGAAGGCCUUGGCAGAUGGGAACUUGCUGGAGGUGGUCUUUGCUGCCAUAGAGACCCUGCGGAGAGUGCCUAGCACACGAGUCAACAUUGCUGUGACAGGGGACUCCGGCAAUGGCAUGUCCACAUUCAUCAACGCGCUGCGGGGCAUUGGGCAUGAGGAGGAGGCCUCGGCUCCCACUGGGGUGGUAAGAACCACCCAAACACGUGCCUCCUACUCAUUCUCCUGUUUUCCAGAUGUGGUACUCUGGGACUUACCUGGCAUGGGCGCUACCUCCCAGAGCCUGGAGGACUACAUAGUGGAAAUGCAGUUCAGCCAGUAUGACCUGUUCAUCAUCAUUGCAUCCGAACAGUUCAGCAUGAAUCAUGUGAUGCUUGCCAAAGCCAUUGAGGAGAUGGGAAAGAAGUUCUACAUUGUCUGGACAAAGCUAGACAUGGACCUCAGCACAAGGAUGCUCACAGAAGGGCAGCUAAUGAAGAAUAUCAGAGAAAAUAUCCUGGAAAAUCUCCAGAAGACGCGAGUACGCAAACCUCCCAUAUUCCUGAUCUCUAGCCUUGAACCUUCAUGGCAUGACUUCCCAAAGCUCAGGGACACAUUGAAAGAGGACCUCUCUGAUAUUAGGUACCAUGGCCCCCUACAAAACCUGUUUCAUGCCUAUAAGGAGAUCAUUAAUGAUAAAGUGACCUACCUGCAGGAGAAAAUAGCCACAAACUCUUUCCAGAACACCCCAGGCAUGAGGGAUAUAGAUGAUUUGGCAGAGUGUCUGAAAACCUACCGAUUGUCCUUUGGAGUGAAUGAUGAAUCUCUUCAGCAGUUGGCUAGGAGUAUGGGCAAGGAAUCCUCAGAGUACAAAGCCAUCAUGAAGUCCCAGGAUCUGCAGGCUGUCAUCACAAGGGGCUGGAAACUGAAGUGCCUGACUUGUAGAGUCAUGAAGAUGUUCCUUAUUCUUCUCAGCUACAUCCCAUCCUUAGAUGCCCUUAUUGCCCCCUACAUCAGACAAGAGAAACACAAUCGUAUGCUUGAGGGAGUUGCUGAGGACACUAUGACUGUCCUGAAAAAAGUCCUGAAAGACUUCACCUCAAGCUAAAAACCAACUUGGGAACAGUACAACAGGCUCUUUCUCAGGUGGCAGCCAGGACAUCUGGGUGUCCUCCUCUCAGUAGAGUACACUUUUCUCCACCCAAGUCAGAGAGAUUUAAGAUAAUACUUUCUUCUGUUUUUUAGGGUUAUAAAUUCCUUGAAAGGAAUUAUGGAAAUUGCUUAUCUUCCUAGCACCAAUGGUAAUGAAUCGUUCAUCUGAAGAACAUUUGCUUUUGUUGUUGAAAUCAUUAAAUAAAUCUUCUGGGAUAAGAAU